AUGUCGGUAAGAAAUCGUAGUAAGACUGCACCCGGUCCCGACAGAAUAAAACAAGAACAACUGAAGAACCUUCCGCCAGUACUCAUCAACACCCUGGCGAGGCUCUUUACACGUUAUCUGUCGGAAUGCAAGGUUCCUAAACAGUGGAAGACCAGCAAGACCGUGUUGUUGUAUAAAAAGGGAGAUCCACAUGACAUCGGCAACUAUCGUCCAAUCUGCCUACUGUCCGUCAUCUACAAGCUAUUUACAAGAGUGAUCCUUAAUAGGAUUGAAAAAGUCUUGGAUGAAGGACAGCCAUGCGAGCAAGCAGGGUUUCGAAAAGGAUUCAGCACGAUUGACCACAUUCACACUGUUUCGAAACUCAUCAUCGAGAAGGCCUUUGAUUUGGUUGAUACGGAAGCGGUCGUAGAAGCCUUGGACAACCAAGGUGUCCCUACUCAGUACACAAAGAACAUCAUCAUUGACGUGAAGAGGAUCCGACAGGGUGAUAAAAUCCCACCCAAAAUAUUCACAGCCACCCUCGAGAACGCAAUGCGAAAGUUGGAAUGGGACGACAUGGGAGUGAAGGUUGAUGGUCGGCAGCUACACCAUUUGCGCUUUGCUGAUGACAUCAUACUGAUAACACCUAGCAUCAGCCAAGCGGAACGAAUGCUGACCGAAUUCGACGAAACAUAUGGAUGCAUCGCUCUUCAGCUGAAUCUGCAAAAGACGAUGUUCAUGCGGAACGGAUGGGUCUCGGAUGCCCCAUUCACGCUCAACGGAACGAACAUAUCCGAAUGCACCAGCUACGUUUAUCUGGGUCGGGAAUUGAACAUGAUGAACGACCUAACCCCCGAGCUGGGCAGGAGGAGACGAGCUUGGGGAGCGUAUAAGAACAUCGAGGAUGUAGUGAAGAAGACCAGGAACACCCGGCUCCGUGCUCACCUCUUCAACACCACCGUACUUCUGGCUUUGACUUAUGCUUCGGAAAUCUAG